CGUCUUCUGCAAAUAACCAUCUCAUCGAUCUAUUCUAUUUCUACCGCCAUGAAACAGGAAGCAACGGGCAGAUCAGAGAGGUUUCCUUCGCUCGCGCCAUGCAAGCGUUCCCACAAGAAACCGCAGCAGCAGCGCAAGGUCAGAAUUGUGCACAUCUUCGCGCCGAAAGUCAUCGAGAUCGACACCGAGAACUUCCGCGGCCUCGUGCAGCGCCUCACCGGAAAGCCUACGGCGAGAUCAGCCAAAGGUAAGAAGAAGAGAGCGAGGCCGGCGUCGCCUCCACCCGCGUCGAACAGCACUACUACUACCACGACGACGACCACCACCGGGGAGUUAGUACUGUCGCACCAAGAGGCAGCGACCGCGGUGAAGGGCGAGCCGCCGGCGUUAGAAGAGCCAUGGAAGGAAGAGAGCUUUGGCGGCGGAUUGAUGGUGAGCGCGUUUGGGGAUUCCUGGGAGGGGAUAAUGUUUCAGGACUUCAGUGAGAUCUACCGUGAGUUGUGAUUCCAGAUUAAUUCUAUGCAUGCAUGGAUUUCUGAUCUAGGAAGAUUGCUGAUUAUACACACACGGUUGAGAAUUAAACUUAUAAAAGUUGUUGAUGAACAUAGCAUGAUGAAGUGAUAAUUAUUAAUGAGA